CAACGGGUUUUAAGGGAUUUGACAACAAAAGUGGACAUCUUGUCAACGAUAAGUUACAGGAACUUGCAUGCACAGGUAUAAUGUCAGGGACGGAAGCAGCGAACCCGGAGACCUCAAACAUCCCCCAGUCCCAGAGUGAAGCUGACAAAGUAAGACUAACCAGGGAGUCCCAAGUCUACACUGCAACCAGUGAAACCCUUUUCCCCAAGGAGAUAACACACAAUAGAACACAUGCAUUGUCACUUGACUGGGUCAAUGGAGUGAACUCAACCCUUCCUGUCUUCAUUCUGCAAGACCACAAUCAACUGGUGUUCCUCUAUGCUGGAGCUCAUGUCGCCAUCAUCUACAACCAUACCACAAACUCCCAACACAUACUUCAGGGUCACUGCAACCACAUUUCGUGUUUGUGCGUCAGUCAAGACAGACGAUGGAUUGCAACAGCAGACCAGAGUUUGAAAAGCACCGUAAUCAUCUGGGAUUCGUACUCUGGCAUUCCCGUGCACACUUUGUUCGACUGCCAUUCUGACGGGGGAGUCAUUGCGAUAGCAUUUUCGGGUGACACGAAGCAACUGGUGACACUAGGGAACGAAAAAGACCAAUGUGUGUGUAUCUGGGACUGGACACAGGAUACACAGGAGGCUCUGUGGCUCACUGUGCUCAGCCCGGAAUAUGGUUAUCAAAACUACAUAAUUUUUAACCCAUACAACAGCACCCAGCUGCUGAGUAGCAGUGAAAGUCAGGUGUUGUUUUACAGCACGGCACAGAGCAGUUUGCAGUAUGCUCCCCUCAAGAUUAUUAAGCUGGGUGAUGAGGCCACCCUGAAGCUGAACGCGUCUCUGUUUCCGCAAUCCACACCCGAGUACUGCAACAUCGUGAGAAUGGUACGCGGGCCUUUGAAUCCCUCCGUGUUUCACUGGCAAGAUUUCAAGGUGAUAACGCCCACGGCCUCAGGCAUCGUCAUGAUCUGGGAGCUGAUGGAGGACUUGGUCUCCAACCGAAGCCUGAGCCGAGACAGAGUCAAGAUCAUCUCCCUGCAGGACCAUCCCAUCACACUGCUCACCGUAACAGACAGCUGUAUAGUCACCGGAGACACCCGAGGACAUAUCAACUUUUACGACGAAAACAUGUUGCUUCUCACUUGGUACAGCAAUUUGAACCUGGACGCAAUUGUUUCCAUUUCUUUUUCCAAAGAGUGUGCACAAGGAUGCUUGGAGGAUUGCACUGUGGAAGCCAAACCACUGCUGAGCAGGAACUUUGUGGUGUCCACAGUCAGCUCCACCAUGGUUUAUGUCAACGUUCAGAAGGGCACCUCCGAAGUCAUCCUUCAGGAGAACUGCGACCCCCUCCACGCGGUGGCCUGCCAUCCCAUCCGGCCAGUUGUUGUCAUGGGCAACCACAAGGGCACCUUAAAGGCCUGGGACUAUGAACAGAAGCGAACCGUCCGUUGCAAGGUCUUUGAGAAAGACAAAGAGAUCCAGUGUGUCACAUUCGACCCUCAAGGGCGCCACCUGGCUAUUGGAUUCGCAAGUGGAGCCGUUCACUUUCUGGAUCCCGACACUUUACAGAGUGAUCCAAGGGAAUGUUUUGACUACCCCAAAGAGAGCAUCAGCCACAUGAGUUUUUCCUCAGACUCCUGCUACCUGGCCACUGCGGAUGUCGGGAAAGCCAUCACCAUAUUCCGCUUGAAAACCACCGAGGACUCUCUUCCCCACUGGACCUACAUGGGCAGAUACCGCUCCCACUACAAACCCAUUACCGACCUUCUGUUCGGGGUCCACCAGGACAGUGCCAAGCCCAGGCUGUUCACCCUGGGCAAGGACCGCAUGCUGGUGGAAUACGACCUGGAGAACAGUGACUUGGACCUGAUUGUCAUCUCCGGUGCAAAGCGCAUUGAGCAAAAUGCUGUGCCGAUAUGCAUGACGUGGUACCCGCCCUUUGGCGCCGAGCAAUUUUUCGUCAUCGCUUCGGACCAGUAUAAGAUGAAGCUUUUCAACAGCACCACGAAACUGUGCAGAAAGACUGUCCUCGGCCCAACAUAUGGAAGUCCAAUUAAGAAAAUCGGGAAUUUACCCACGUCUAAGAACAACGAGGCUGGAUCAUAUUACAUGGCAUACAUCACAGAGGACAAGAUCGGACUCCAGAUUCUUCCACUGGAUGGGAACCCCUUCAAGUCACAUGCUGUCGUCUGCCAUCCGACGGGCGUGUCUACCUUUGCCCACUCACAUGACGGACGCUUUGUUUUCACUGCGGGGGGAGCGGAUUGCACUGUGCUGUCAUGGCAGAUAAGCUACAAUGCCCUGGAGGGAGCAGCAGCUUUGGGAGGAAAGGAUUUGACGCCUUUCUACACUCUACUGGAGGGAGGCAAGGAUGGCAAAUUUUACAGAGAAAUUGAGGACUUUUUCUACUACUGCCAAAUCCAUAAUCAAGGCCUGGAGUCAAUGGACACACGUCAGCUGUCUGCCAAUAUUCCUCUGACGGAAGUAACCUCAUUGGUGCGGGCUUUGGCCUUCUUCCCUACUGAGCAAGAGGUAGAAGACAUGCUAAAUGAGAUCAAGCUGAGCAAAUAUGCCGAAACGGGAGAAUACACGACGGACAUCAACCUGGAGGAGUUGAUCAAGCUCUAUGUCAACCAUCGGCCGGCCUUUGGCAUCUCCAGUGAUGAGAUCGCUCAAGCUUUCCGCGUCCUCUGCGACGCAAACACGGCAGGACGGCCUGUUCUGCAGAGAGAAGAUCUGCUGGAACUCCUGCAGGUCCGAGGCGAAGUCAUGACAGAAGACGAGCUGGCAGAGUGUUUCACUUCACUUUUAGGCUACAUUGAAGUCAAAGAUGAGGAGAGUACUGAGCUCCAUUUGUCUAAAUCUAAUGAUGUGAGCCAGGAAUAUUCUUUAGAGAGUGUCGUUCCGGAGGAAAUAUCCAUGGAGAUAUUUACUGAUAAAAUCCUGGGCCUCCCACCAUCUACUUGGAAGGGUGGACACUUCAGUCAGCCUGCAGAAUGAAGAAUGAAUGCAGAAGUCGAUUGAACCUUUUAUUUGUCUCGAACAUACUUAAAAAGUUGCAUCUAGGAACAUCACAAUUGCACCAACCUGUACAUGUCCAAAAUGGAGUGGGACAAAAUAUAUUUGAUUUAAUUCUAACCCUUCAUUUCCAUUAGACUUAGACUUAGAAUUCCUUUUAUUUCCUUAAAUUUGAUGGACGAGUUGCUUUAAAAUCAUGAGUCAAGCAGAUAUUUAAGUACUUAUUUUGAUGUUUGGAAUGUGCGAUAACAUAACAUUUGUUGCAAUAUUAGAUUAAGUUUAAAAUAUAUGACAUUUCUUAUGGUACAUGUAUUUUUUUCUGUCAAAAUAGAAAGUUGACUACAUUUAGAAACACAUAGACGCACAGUAAUACGCAUGCUAGUGUUGUACCAAUAUUUUGGUACCGGUACCAAAAUGUAUUUCGAUACUUUUCUAAACAAAGGGGACCACAAAAAAUGUAUUGUAACAAAAAAUCUUAGUCUACAUGAAACAUGUUUAUUAUUGUCAUUUAUUCCUUAAAUAAAAUGUUGAACAUACUAGACAAGUGGUUCUCAAUAUGGGGUACUUGAAGGUAUGCCAAGGGGUACGUGAGAUUUUUUUUUAAAUAUUCUACAAAUAGCAAGAAUUCAAAAAUCCUUUAUAAAUAUAUUUAUUGAAUAAUACUUCAAUAAAAUAUGAAUGUAAGUUCAUAAACUGUGAAAAGGAAUGCAACAAUGCAAUAUUCAGUGUUGACAGCUAGAUUUUUUGUGGACAUGUUCCAUAAAUUCUGAUGUUAAAGAUUUUAUUUUUUUGUGAAGAAAUGUUUAGAAUUCAGUUCAUGAAUCCAGAUGGAUCUCAGUUACAAUCCCCAAAGAGGGCACUUUAAGUUGAUGAUUACUUCUACGUGUAGAAAUCUUAAUUUAUAAUCGUUUAUUUUUUGUUUAUUUUUCAACAAGUUUUUAGUUAUUUUUAUAUAUUUUUUUCCAAAUAGUUCAAGAAAGACCACUACAAAUGAGCAAUAUUUUGCACUGUUAUAUAAUGUAAUUAAUCAGAAACUGAUGACAUAGUGCUGUAUUUUACUUCUUGAUCUCUUUUUUUCCAACCAAAAAUGCUUUGCUCUGAUUAGGGGGUACUCGAAUUUAAAAAAAUGUUCACGGGGUACAUCACUGAAAAAAGGUUGAGAACAACUGUGCUAGACAACUUGUCUUUUAGUAGUAAGUAACCAAACAAAGAAUCCUAAUUAGUCUGCUGACAUAUGCAGUAACAUAUUGUCUCAUUUAUACACCUAUGAUUUUGUACACAUUAUGAGGGACAAGUGGUAGAAAAUGGAUUAUCAAUUAUUUAUUUAACUUUACAGUACAGAUAAGAACGACAUGUUGUUGCAUUAGGACAGGAGUUGGGAACCUUUUUGCCUGAAAGAGCCAUGAAAUCCAAAUUUUGUAAAAUGUAUUUCCGUAAGAGCCGCAUAAUAUUUUUUUAACACUUCAUACAAUGCGUGCAUUUUUAAGUAAGACACACAUUUUAUAAUAAGAAUUCUUUUUAAGAACAUUGUUAUUCAGAAGCUAACCAAUUAAAAUAAAAUACUUCUUUCCAUUAAUGCGACCCUCCUGUACCCCGAAGGACAGCUGGGGUUGGCUGAGCCACCUGCAACCUUGAACAGGUGGGGACAAAAACGGAUGGAUGGAUUAAAAUG